GCUAUGUAGCCAUCUUUCUUCUUUAUCUUGUAACAAUUCCUAGCCAUGAUGAAGGUGGUGGUGUAUAAAUAGCUAUGUAGCCAUAUUUCUUCUUUAUCUUGUAACAAUUCCUAGCCAUGAUGAAGGUGGUGGUGAUCCUGGUUUCUAUGUUCUUCAUUCCAUUAGCUCUUUCAUCUGCCCUUGACCAGUGCUCCAAUUGUGGCAACAUGGAGGUUCCAUACCCUCUUAGCACAUCUGACAACUGUGGAGUUUCUAAUUACAGAGUCUCCUGCAACAAUGGCAGCUUAGAGUUCUUAUCUGAAAGGAACUCUUACUAUAAGAUACUGAGCAUUGAUGCAGAUGCUUCAAGGUUUAUAAUUAGCCCACCAAAGAUAGAAAGAAAGAAGUGUUACUCAUCUGACCUUUUGGUUAAAGGAUUAAAGAUCAAUGAGAGCUCUCCAUUUAGUAUAUCUAAGCGCAAUACAGUUAUGUUAUUUAAUUGCUCAAAUAUUGUCCUUUAUUCACCUUUGAAUUGUUCUUCAAACAGUCUGUGUAGGCAGUAUGAGGAGAAGAUUAAGGAAGGGAGAGGCUGCCGAAACACUCUAUGCUGUACUUACUUGAAGGAUUCAUCCAUAACUUCACAUUUUAUCAGACUCAGGGUUGGAGGUUGCACUGCAUAUACAAGUGUAGUGGACUUGAAGGCUGGAGACCCUCCAACUUCUUGGAAUUAUGGUAUUGAGCUACAAUGGGUUCCACCUAAUUUUUGUUAACUUCUGUUGGAUUUUAUGGUCCGGGUUUAACUGUAUUGAUAGAAAUUUACUGUUUCUUGUGAACUUUUU